CUCUCUCAAUCUGUCUGCCCUCUUGAGCAAUGGGCCGAAAGAACAAGGCAGCAAACCAAGCCGCGGAUCCUGAACCAUCCACCACCGCUGAAGCCGAUGCCGCACCUACUGUGCCCGCCGUUCCCCCUGUCAUCGUCUUGUAUUGCGGAGUCUGCACAUAUCCUGCUGAAUACUGCGAAUUCGGGACGAGCCUAACGCGAUGCAAAGAAUGGCUGCAAGAAUCUCAUCCCGAUCUGUUUCCCAAGUACUACUCCGAUGAGGCCCUCCAAAACAAGAUCGGAACCCUCAGCCUUGAAGCUCAAGUGAAGUUGGAGAAGGAUAUGGCCAAGAAAGAAGCGAAAGCGGAAGCUAAGGCCGACGCAGCUCUCAAGAAGAAAAUGGCAUCCCAGAUAAUAAUAAAGCGCAUCGAGCGUACGAAGCACAAAUGCGUGACCUCCGUAUUCGGCCUGGAAGAAUUCGGCAUCGAUCUGAAGAAGGCCUCCAAACAGUUCUCUUCCAAGUUCGCUACAGGUUCUUCGGUCACCAAGAAUGCACAGGGACUGGAGGAGAUCGUCGUAUCUGGGGACGUGAGCGAUGAGAUCCUAGAGAUGAUCGAGAAUGAGGUGGGUGUGCUCAAGGGCAUACCGGCUGAUAACGUCGAGUUGGUCGAGGAGAAGAAGAAGAAGAAAGCUCCCGAGUAGGACAAGUGCGACUCUCCAACAAUGUAGCUGUACAUGUAGCUGUGAACUAUAAUGCUUGGUCUUGUGCAGUCUUGACGCUCGCCGCGAAAUCGUUCAAGACCGGGACUCGAGCUUCAAUCCCC